GGAGGAGGGGAGGUGAAGGAGGGCGGGGAGGAGCGCUCUUCCUGGUUGGGCCCUGCCCUGAGCUGCCACCAAGGAAGCCAGCCGCGGGGGACCUCGGCGAUCCCCUUAACUCCCCUCCCCCAGGAUGGCGGAGGAGUUCAUCACGCCCGUGUACUGCACCGGUGUGUCAGCCCAAGUGCAGAAGCAAAGGGCCAAGGAGCUGGGCUUGGGCCGCCAUGAGAACGCCAUCAAGUACAUGGGCCAGGAUUACCAGCAGCUGCGGGCGCACUGCCUGCAAAGUGGGGCCCUCUUCCGAGAUGAGGCCUUUCCCCCAGUGCCCCAGAGCCUAGGCUUCAAGGAACUGGGCCCCAAUUCUUCCAAGACCUAUGGCAUCAAGUGGAAGCGUCCCACGGAGCUGCUGUCAAACCCCCAAUUCAUCGUGGAUGGAGCCACCCGUACAGACAUCUGCCAGGGAGCACUGGGGGACUGUUGGCUCCUGGCUGCCAUCGCCUCCCUCACCCUCAAUGACACCCUGCUGCACCGAGUGGUUCCCCAUGGUCAGAGCUUCCAGGAUGGCUAUGCCGGCAUCUUCCAUUUCCAGCUGUGGCAGUUCGGGGAGUGGGUGGACGUGGUCGUGGAUGACUUGUUGCCCACCAAGGACGGGAAGCUGGUGUUCGUGCACUCCGCUCAGGGCAACGAGUUCUGGAGUGCCCUGCUCGAGAAGGCCUACGCCAAGGUUAAUGGCAGCUACGAGGCUCUUUCGGGGGGCAGCACCUCGGAAGGCUUUGAGGACUUCACAGGCGGGGUCACCGAGUGGUAUGAGCUGCGGAAGGCACCGAGUGACCUCUACCAAAUCAUCCUCAAGGCACUGGAGCGAGGCUCCCUGAUGGGCUGCUCCAUAGACAUCUCCAGUGUCCUGGACAUGGAAGCCGUCACUUUUAAAAAGCUGGUGAAGGGCCAUGCGUACUCCGUGACAGGUGCCAGGCAGGUGAACUACCGAGGACAGAUGGUGAGUCUCAUCCGGAUGCGGAACCCCUGGGGCGAGGUGGAGUGGACCGGAGCCUGGAGCGACAGCUCCUCCGAGUGGAACAACGUGGACCCCUAUGAACGGGAGCAGCUGCGGAUCAAGAUGGAAGAUGGGGAGUUCUGGAUGUCAUUCCGAGAUUUCAUGCGUGAGUUCACCCGUCUGGAGAUCUGCAAUCUCACCCCCGAUGCACUCAAGAGCCGGACAAUCCGCAACUGGAACACCACCCUCUAUGAGGGCACCUGGCGGCGGGGGAGCACCGCGGGGGGCUGCCGGAACUACCCAGCCACCUUCUGGGUGAAUCCCCAGUUCAAAAUCCGGUUAGAGGAGGUGGACGACGAAGACGACUAUGGGAGCCGCGAGUCCGGCUGCAGCUUUGUGCUGGCUCUCAUGCAGAAGCACCGCCGCCGCGAGCGCCGCUUCGGCCGGGACAUGGAGACCAUCGGCUUCGCGGUGUAUGAGGUCCCACCAGAGCUGGUGGGCCAGCCGGCUGUGCACUUGAAGCGUGACUUCUUCCUGGCCAACUCCUCUCGGGCACGCUCGGAGCAAUUCAUCAACCUGCGGGAGGUCAGCACCCGCUUCCGCUUGCCGCCUGGGGAGUACGUGGUGGUGCCCUCCACCUUCGAGCCCAACAAGGAGGGUGACUUUGUGCUUCGAUUCUUCUCAGAGAAGAGAGCUGGGACUGAGGAGCUGGAUGACCAAAUCCAGGCCAACCUCCCUGAUGAGCAAGUGCUGUCAGAAGAGGAGAUUGAUGAGAACUUCAAGGCUUUGUUCAGGCAGCUGGCAGGAGAGGACCUGGAGAUCAGCGUCAAGGAACUGCAGACCAUCCUCAACAGGAUCAUCAGCAAACACAAAGACCUGCGGACCAAGGGCUUCAGCAUAGAGUCGUGCCGCAGCAUGGUGAACCUCAUGGAUCGUGAUGGCAAUGGGAAGCUGGGCCUGGUGGAGUUUAACAUCCUAUGGAACCGGAUCCGAAAUUACCUGUCCAUCUUCCGCAAAUUUGAUCUGGACAAGUCAGGCAGCAUGAGUGCCUAUGAGAUGAGGAUGGCCAUCGAGUCUGCAGGCUUCAAGCUCAACAAGAAGCUCUAUGAACUCAUUAUCACUCGCUACUCUGAGCCUGACCUGGCCGUGGACUUUGACAACUUCGUGUGCUGCCUCGUGCGGCUAGAGACCAUGUUCCGGUUUUUCAAAUCCCUGGACACAGAUCUGGAUGGUGUCGUGACCUUCGACCUGUUUAAGUGGUUACAGCUGACCAUGUUUGCAUGAGGCCAGGACUUGGCUUCCCUUGCUGCACCCUCCCUUUUCUCUUCUGCCAAGCCACGCCUUCCUGCCGCACCAGACCACUGACCACGUCAGCUGCAAGUGCCUUCCUUGGAGCAAGAAGGCAUCCUCAUCUUCUUGUCGCCUCUCCUCCCCACUGCCGCUGCUCACCUGCUCUGGGCAGAGCUGUGGGGCCUUCCCUGCCUCUGUGGCCAGGGACUCAGAAUGGACUCCCUGGACCCACCCAUGGCACAACCAGGAAGGCAGCUCUGUGCUUAUUUCUGCCUUGGGGCUUCCCCACCCCAGCAUCCUGAUGUGUCGCCUGCCGUUACUUCAGAGGCCAGGCCUUCUGCUGAUCCCCGACCAGACCUCACCUGCAGACUUUAUAACCACUAGCCCAACUCACUCUGCAUCCAGGUGUUCAAGCCUCCUCCCCACCGGGGUAGUGACCGAGGUGACCUGUGCCUUUCGGUGAAAAAGCUAAGGUCCCCUCUGCCCUGGAGUCCCCCGCUCCCUCCUUUUACGUACCCAACAGAAGCUGCCCAGGCUGGAGGGGCUCAGGCUCUCCUUCCUUCCUCCUCCCCUUUUUUAUAUGGGUGAUUUUAAAUGGAACUCUUCAGGGACUGGUGUACUGGUUAGGGAGAACCAGAGGCACUGGGGGGUGGGGUGGGGAAGUCCCAUGUUUCUGUGCAGAAAACACUCAAUAAUAAUAAUAAUAAUAAUAGCCCCAUAUCU